GAUUUCCACCAAUCCCCGGGCGUUUGUCUGCGAAGUCCGGGGCGCAGCGGAAGGCUGCGGCGCGCCGCUGAAUUAACUGAUGAGAGCGAGUUCUUUUCUUCUCCGGGAGGGGUGGGGAGCGAGGGUCCCGGCGGGCGAGGCGGAGGAGCCCGGGGCAGGAUAGCGGUCCCGGGCCGCCGUGGAAAUUUCCAAGGACUUGGUGCGGCGCAGAGAGCGCGUCUGGGGGGGUUGCCUGGCGGCGCAGCAGCGCGGGAGGCGGCGAAGGGCGCAGGAGCAUCGCUCGGAGGGGACAAGGGGACGCCACGGGCCAAAUGUCUGGGAGGGAGCCGAACCUUUUCCCGGACCCUCGCCGAGGGCGACCGUGAUGCUGCAGAACCGGCGGGAGCUACUCGCCGCCGCCGAUCUCUGCGCACUCGGAGACCCCAGCGCCCGCCUUCUGCAGGGGAAGCGACCAUGGCCAUAGAUCGUGACUUGCCCCCCAGCCACUUCCCCUAGAAAGAAAUCCUUGGAAAAGUUGCAUUUAAAAAAAUCCUUGCGCUGACCUUUGGGGCCGACGGGGCCGAAGAAGCGUGCGUGCGUUUGCAAGCAAGAGAACGAAAGGUGUGUGUGCAUGGGGGGCCGGCGGUGGGGGACCCUCCGCUGCCACUUCGCCUAGCUUUGUGCUGAGGCCCCGGCCCCCGCCCCUGGGACGCCGGGGCUGCGAUGAGCCCCUGCAGGCGGGCCCGGCGACAAACGUCCAGAGGGGCUAUGGCUGUACUGGCGUGGAAGUUCCCGCGGACCCGGCUGCCCAUGGGAGCCAGUGCCCUCUGUGUCGUGGUCCUCUGUUGGCUCUACAUCUUCCCCGUCUACCGGCUGCCCAACGAGAAGGAGAUCGUGCAGGGGGUGCUGCAACAGGGCACGGCGUGGAGGAGGAACCAGACCGCGGCCAGAGCGUUCAGGAAACAAAUGGAAGACUGCUGCGACCCUGCCCACCUCUUUGCCAUGACUAAAAUGAAUUCCCCUAUGGGGAAAAGCAUGUGGUAUGACGGGGAGUUUUUAUACUCAUUCACCAUUGACAAUUCAACUUAUUCUCUCUUCCCUCAGGCAACCCCAUUCCAGCUGCCAUUGAAGAAAUGCGCGGUGGUGGGAAAUGGUGGGAUUCUGAAGAAGAGUGGCUGUGGCCGUCAAAUAGAUGAAGCAAAUUUUGUCAUGCGAUGCAAUCUCCCUCCUUUGUCAAGUGAAUACACUAAGGAUGUUGGAUCCAAAAGUCAGUUAGUGACAGCUAAUCCUAGCAUAAUUCGGCAAAGGUUUCAGAACCUUCUGUGGUCCAGAAAGACAUUUGUGGACAACAUGAAAAUCUAUAACCACAGUUACAUCUACAUGCCUGCCUUUUCUAUGAAGACAGGAACAGAGCCAUCUUUGAGGGUUUAUUAUACACUGUCAGAUGUUGGUGCCAAUCAAACAGUGCUGUUUGCCAACCCCAACUUUCUGCGUAGCAUUGGAAAGUUCUGGAAAAGUAGAGGAAUCCAUGCCAAGCGCCUGUCCACAGGACUUUUUCUGGUGAGCGCAGCUCUGGGUCUCUGUGAAGAGGUGGCCAUCUAUGGCUUCUGGCCCUUCUCUGUGAAUAUGCAUGAGCAGCCCAUCAGCCACCACUACUAUGAUAACGUCUUACCCUUUUCUGGCUUCCAUGCCAUGCCCGAGGAAUUUCUCCAACUCUGGUAUCUUCAUAAAAUCGGUGCACUGAGAAUGCAGCUGGACCCAUGUGAAGAUACCUCGCUCCAGCCCACUUCCUAGGGACAAUGGAAGAAGAAAGGACUGAACCAGGGUAUUUUUGUUAGGUUUUCUAUGUGACUCCAAGAGGGAAUGGUCAAGUUGUUUCAUGGAUUUGCAUGGGCCCUUGGAAAAACAGGAAAGGAGCAAUGAAGAUCCAAGCAAAACUUUACUUUCAGUGUUGGCUUGGAGGACAAAAAAGAAAUGAAACAUCCUAUGAAAUACUUUAUAGCACAUGGCAGAUUUGCAGCUAGUAAACUGCUGGUAAAAUGCUGUUGGUAAAGCACAUGGUUCAAAUCUAGAAGAUGCAGUUCAAAAACAAGACAGACUGGAGUUGUUAGGGCUGAGGAACCAAUCAAGGUAGAAUAAAGAAAAUGUUGGGGUAACAGUGUUGCUGAUUGUCAACACAAACUGGCUUAAUAAUAUUAAUAAGAACCUGUCUUAUUAAGACUGGCUUUAGAACUGUAAGUUUUUUAAAAAAUUAUUAUUUAUUUUUGCCCUCUUUGGGGAAGUGGGUGGGUAGAUUUAAAAAAUCCCUUCCUGAGUAAUAAAGAUACAAAAUGUUACUGCUGAUAA